UUUUUUUUCGACUGAUGUGAAAGUAAAAUUAAACAAGUUUCUGCUUAACCCCUUUAUACAAACUCUCCUGAACAGAAUUUAUUCAGACGCUUUAGACGAUUGUGAACAAACUUGAUGUUGAGCUGAAGCUGUGUUUUGCAGGAAUGGACUUCAUUUGUGUGACUCUGAUGAUAAUUAUUGGAAUCAGAGAUUCAAGAGCAGAUCAGAUUGAUGUUGUUGGACCUGUAGAUUCUCUCCUCACUGUAUCUGGUGAAGAUGUGAUUCUGCCCUGUUCUCUCAGACCCAACAUCAGUGCUGUAGACAUGAAAGUCGAGUGGUUUAGACUUGAUUUCAAAGAUUCGGUAGUUCACCUCUAUGAAGAUCAUGAAGACAAAAACACAAAUCAGCUUCAAUCCUACAGAGGAAGAACUCAAGUGUUUAAAGAUGAAUUACAAAAAGGAAACACAUCACUUAAACUCUCAAGAGUUCGGAUAUCUGAUGAGGGACUUUACAAGUGUUUUAUUGAUUCCAAAUCCUGGCAUAAUGACAUCACUGUUGAUCUCAGAGUUGAAGCUGUAGGAGGUCCUCCACUCAUUACUAUAUAUGGAUUUGAUGGUGCUGGUGGACUUCAUCUACAAUGUGAAACUAAAGGCUGGUACCCUGAACCUGAACUUGUGUGGCUGGACAGUGAAGGAGUCACAUUGACAUCUGAAACUACAGACAAACAGAGAGAGACAGAUGGAUUCAGAGUGAAACACAUGAUCACUGUAUAUAACAGUAACAGUAAAUAUCACUGCAGAGUCAAAAUGAGAAAUCACAUGAUGGAGACUGAGAUUAUUACAUCAAGUAAAAUGUUCAACUCUUGGAAGACAACAGUGGUCCUAAUUACAGUUGUGUCUGUUUUCAUUGUGAUUAUUGGAAUAUUGACCAUUGGGUACUUUUAUAGAGCUUUGAAAGGUUUGGUACAAGAUUCACAAACUAAGCUUGAAUCUUUCCAGAAAGAGAAGGAAGCUUUGAAAAGUUUAGUACAAGAUUCACAAAAUAAGCUUGAAUCUUUCCAGAAAGAAGCCCGAAAGAUUGCCUUUUCAGCCGGAUUUAUGGAAUCUGGUAAGGGAUCAGUAUACACCGGGCCUGUUGAUCAUCAUAUAACUUUGGUCUACAAGAAAGUGUUUACUAACAUUGGAAAUGCCUAUGACCCGAAUACUGGUAUUUUCACAGCACCAGUAAAGGGAGCCUAUUACUUCAGAUUUUAUGCUCAUUCACAUGCUGGAACCAAAAUGGCAGUCACACUGUAUAAAAAUGAUGUACAUCAAUGCUCUGUGUAUUCUGUGAAACCUGUCGACCAUGGUAAUGCCAGCAAUGGAGUCGUUCUUACACUGGAACCUGAUGAUCAAGUUAAUACCAAACUAUGGGAUGCAGCUCGGGUUUUUGAUGACGAAAUGAGCUACACCAGCUUCAGCGGUUUUCUUAUUUUUCCCUUGUGAAUGUGUAUGUAAGUCAACUGUAUCAGGAUUUUUGAUGGUCUCCUCUGAAGACCAACAGUUUAUCAGUUGUUUUAAAUUUGCAUCCCUGAGACUUAGAAAUUCAAAAUGUAUAAUCUUAUACAUGGGAGCUGAGCACUUUUGAUUACAUUUAGAUUACAUUUGACCUAUGUUUAUUUGAUCAUGUUACAUAUAACAAGUAUAUUGUACUACUUUGACAUACAGUACAAAGUGCAAGAAAAUAUAUUCCAAUCUUAAAGGUGCAGUGUGUAAUUUUAAGAAGGAUCUCUUGACAGAAAUGCAAAAUAAUAUGCAAAGCUCUAUUACCAGGGGUGUAUAAAGACCUUUCAUAAUGAACCGUUAUGCGUUUAUUACCUUAGAACGAGACCUUUUUAUCUACAUACACCAGGGGUCCCAUUACAUGCAAGUCACCAUUUUGUGCUGCCAUGUUUGUACAGAAGCCCUUAACGGACACAUUUUUUACUAAGUUGUCUCUGACGAUGACAGGUUUGUCUGGUGCGGCUACCGUAGCUUCUAUGUGUUUCAAAAGUGAGGGGUGAGCAGUGGACUAAUGCAGGGUUUACACCAAACGCGUUUUGGGCGUCAAAAUCGCGUCUACCGCGCCUAGUUUGCCGCUUGAACACUUUGAAUGCAUUCGCGCGUGUAGAGCGGAGUUGACGCAUGGAAAAAGCAAGCAUUUGACACGCGUCCGAGGCGAAAUUCCGCCAAAGUUCAAAUUUUUCAACUCGGGCGUCAGCUGCAAAUUCGCGUGAACCGCAAAAUGCACAAAAGCACGAUUCGCGCGUACCGCGCACAACGCUCAAUUCGCGACUUUCGCGCGAGCUUCACGCGCGAAUGAGGCGGAAACACGUCUUCCGCUCCGCGCCGAACGUCUCUUCCGCGCCGCGGGACCUCCUGACGGGCGUCAACGCGUCUGCACAUUGACUUAACAUUGAAAUCACUCGCGCUUCACGCCUCUACCGCGGUUGGUGUAAACCCACCAUAAGUCGUUGGUUGCAAUUUGCAACCUCACCACUAGAUGCCGCUAAAAUUUACACACUGCACCUUUAAAGGGGUCAUAGCGUGAAAAUCAAACUUUUUUCAUGUUUAAUUGCUAUAUUGGGUCCCCGGUGCUUCUAUCAACCUAGGAAAUGUGAUAAAGAUCAACCUAAUAACUUAAUUUGAGUAAGCCAUUUUCUGCAAGCAUGUGAAAAAUUAGGUCGUUCAGAUUUCGCCUGUUUUGUGAGGUAGGUAGCAAGGCGAAUUACAAUAAUACUGCCCCCUUUAUCUGCACUAUCCAACCACAGACUGCCACUUAGUCCAGAGAGAUAGAGGGAGAAAAGAAGGACUUGACAGCACAAUUGAGUUUCAAUUACAACAAACCACCAUCAUUGUGAUCAGUGUUUGCACUUCAUCCUCUCAUUUGCAUUUUAAAUGACACACCCAAAAACAGCACACUUUUGCUCAAGCCUACAAAUUUGCAAUUUUAACAUGUUAUAAUAAAUUAUCUAUAUGGUAUUUUGAGCUAAAACUUCACAUAAACACUCUGGGGACACCAAAGAGUUAUUUUAUAUCUUAAAAAUAUCUCAUAAUAUGACCCCUUUAAGCAAAACAUGUUUGUAAGUGAAUUUGACAUUACAUUUCUUGUAAAGCAUGCAGCAAUAUUUUUUUAAACUCCUUUUUAAACUUGUAUUAUGCUAUAUAACCUUGAGAACCACUAACCUGUAAUUAUGUUAUUUUUACUACACCAAGUACUAUAUACACAAAAAGUAUUGUUACCACUGAGUUGGAAAAAUAUAUGCAUGAUUAAGAAAGUUAAUUACACAAUAUUGUAUUAAUGGUUUAUUGAAGAGUAUUAAAGUAUAAUGCAUUUAACCUUUAAAAAAAAACAAAGAGUUAUAUAAUCUUUAUAUAUGAAUAAAUGUAAAAAAAAUAUUGAUUAUAGAUAAUUCCCAAAUAUACAAGUUCCACCUUAACUAUCUGCGUCUGCAAUCUUGCUCUCUCGCUCUGGCUCUCUCUUUCUCGCUCUUUCUCUCUCUCUCUCUAUUGCGCUCACUCUCUUUCUUACGCUCUCUCUCUCUCUCUCUCGCUCUAUUGUUCAAUAAUUGAAGUGAAGUGAUGUGAACUUUACUCUCCCUCCCUCACUUGCUCUCGUAGGAUAAUUUUUACAUGUACAUUCUCUAAAGCAAUGUCAUCACCAUUACAAAAAGCUGUUUUAACAAAGCAUUGUUUUGAAGUAGGACCAUACUGACUAAACAAACCAAAUUCACUAUAUUUUUUGUAAUUUCUACGGCUCGUUUUUGAGAAUUUACAAGAUUCUGAUGUUUUAUUGAACAUGUUUUGUCACCAUCAUGGUGAUCAGUGUUUCCUUUAGUUGGGUAGUUUGACUCUUUGUUUUAUAAAUGUAGUGUGUGCUUGUUGAUGAUGGUGUUUUUUAAAACUCAUUAAUAUUGCAUCAUGUGUUUGUUACUAAUGCAACUUACUUAUGGCUUCCCAUUAUUUACAUUGAUGGUCAGAAGUGGUGGUAUAAUAUAAUUGAACUAACAACACAGAUAAAACAUUAGAAAGUUCAUUUUAAAGUAGAUUUCUAUCUCAGUUUUGUUUGGAGCUGCAAUAAACAUAUUUCGGUGCAUACUGCUGCCUACUGUAACAGAAAAUGCAACCUCAUGGCUGUAAUCAAAAUUGUAAAGUCAAAUUUUGUUGACACAGAUGCAGACAUCAAGAAUCAGCUCAUGAAUCACAACGAUGGUGAGUUUUCUAAAUGUUGCAGUGCAUUGCACCAGCGUAUUAUAAAGACUUAUGAGUCCAGAGAGUCUCACCACUGUUGUGAUUCAUGGAGUCAAUCUUGAUGUCUGCAUAUGUGACAAUAAUAUCUGGACUGUUAAUUUCAUAUAAGUGCUUCCCAGUGGUGGUAUGAACCUAAAUAAUAAGUUGGAUGUGACACCUCAAAUCAACUGAGAAAUUGAGAUAAUACUACAUGGUUUACAAAAUUAAUUUACAGACUUUACAUAUGUGGCAUUACUGUUGAUAAUCAUUCAGUGAAGUUGUAAGAUCCACAUGUGAGUUUUGUUUAUAACAAAUUUUCUUUGCAACAAAUAACAUGCUUUAGCAAACACUCCAAACACUACUAUGAAAAGUCAUAGAGUCAAACUAGCCAACUAAAGAAUCACUGAUCGUCAUUAUGGUGAAAGAAGAUUUUCAAUAAAACAUCAGCAUAUACAUCUCUGUUUAUUAAAGAGAGAGAGACUUGACUUUUGAUCCCCUUUGUUACAAAAACGAGGUUUAAUUAAAUAUUAAAUGGAGUUAAGAGAAUGUAGUUAAAAAGACAACCAUGCAAAAAACAACAAAAUACAAUAACAACAAUAACAACAACAACGAUAUCACAGUUAAAUGUACAUUUGCAAACAACCAUUACUGUCAGUUUCACAUAUGCACUGAUUGCAUCCCCAAAUAUAAUUAAAAGUCUCUAGGUCUUUAACCAGGUUAUAGUAGGCAUGUUCCACUUUUAACCUUAAUUUAAUUAAACCUUUUAAAAUUGCCAUCACAUCAGUUGACCCAUCAUUAUUAAUCUUACUUUUGCGUGAGACCCAAAUUCCCAUUUUUGCUUGCUUGGAGAGAGAGAGAGAGAGAGAGAGAGAGAGAGAGAGAGAGAGACCAUUUAAGGUGGAACUUUAUCUAUGAGCAGUGCUAUGUUUUUGAACACUCAUUCAUAUAUAAAGAUAACAUUAUUUUAACAGCUUAACAAAAUAUAGACCACAUUUAUAUAAAAUAUUUUUGUUUUGAUUUCCCGAACCCCUUUUGGACGUCUACCUGACCUUAGGAGGGCUCAUGCUUUUUCUGUAAGUAUUUUAAAGGGGCCAUGGCAUAAAAAUGUUUAUGUUUCUUCCAUUACUUUUUCCAUGUUUGAAGGGGUCAUAGUGUGAAAAUCAGACUUUUUUCAUUUUUAAGUGCUAUAAUUGGGUCCCCAGUGCUUCUAUCAACCUAGAAAAUGUAAUCAAGAUUAACCCAGUAAUUUUGUUUGGGUAAGCCAUUUUCUGCAAGCGUGUGAAAAAUUUGGUCGUUCAGAUUUUGCCUGUUUUGUGAGGUAGGUAGUAAGGCGAAUUACAAUAAUACCGCCCCCUUUAUCUACACUAUCCAACCACAGCACUGCCAUUUAGUUCAGAGAGAAAGAGAGACAGGAAAAAGUACUUGACAGCACAAUUGAGUUUCAAUUACAACAAAUCACCAUCAUUGUGAUCAGUGUUUGCACUUCAUCCGCUCAUUUGCAUUUUAAAGACACACCCAAAAACGGCUAACUUUUGCUCAGGCCUACAAAUUAUCAAUUUUUACAUGCUAUAAUAAAUUAGCUGUGGAGUAUUUUGAGCUAAAACUUCACAUACACCUUCUGGGGACAGCAAAGAUUUAUUUUACAUCUUAAAAAUAUGUCAUAAUAUCACCCCUUCAAAGACAUCACAAAGACAUUUUAGAUGAUUCAUUAAUGUUUGAAUCUUUUGCUCCUUCUUCUUCAGCUUCUCCAACUCAUCAAUAAUGCAUAGGGCCCCCAAAAAUCUAGGGCAGCCCCUGAACAGAGUUGUAAGAUAAUCAACUGCAGUAAACAGGUAGGGUCAGCUAAGAUAACAAGAAACCCCUAUCUACAGCUGGUCUCACCAGCUCCCAAUGAAAAUAAAAAAACAGCCGAGUCUGCC